GCUAUUAAAAGUAGCAAUUUGAUUCGUUUAAAAAAAAAACAUGUUUAGUGUAAACUAUCCUUUGCAGCAUUUGCAGCAGUACUUUGAUUGGUUGCAAAGAUCGAUAAACAAUUCAAAAGAACUCAAGGAACUCAAUGGACUCAGUUCUGAAAACAAAGUAUUUCCAUAAAAUAUUAACGUAUAAGCAUGGCUUACAACUUGAUUGAUGAUGUACUUAAAAGAUUUAAAACCGAUAAUCUUGUCGAUUUAAAUACUUUUUAUGAAACUUUAUUGGAUACAUUUAUUUACAACAAUAACAAAAUGGUUAGUAACGAAGGUCUUUUAAGUCGUUUUAUUGAUGGCACAAUAAGAAGAAAUAUAUGUGCCGAAGUUUGUAUCCCUUCUUACUUAAAAGACAAUAAAAUGCAUUGUAUUGCUCUAAGGUCUGAAGCAUCUGGAAGUUGUAUGUACAGCUCUGGGUCAUUAUUUUUUGUUGCUGACAAUACACUGAUUAAGAGUUUUAACAUCCCUUGAAAUUUAUAUACAUGCUGAUUAUUACUGUAAGCAUCCUUUAUUUUCAAAAAAUAUUUUCUGAUUAUAGUUCUCAUUUUAUUAAUCUUAAAAGUUUAUUGUAUAUGUCAGUAUCUCAUUCUGCAUUAGAUUCUGGCUUCAAAAAUAAUGAUAUUAUUAAAGCUGAAGCAAUUGCAAACUGUGAGAGCACAGAAAAAUGGGCUGGUUUUUUAUGUUUGUUAGGUUUAUCAUCAGUUCUUUCUUGUAAUAUCAGUAGUAAGAGAUUGACGGCUAUUGGACAUUUUCAUUUUCAACCAAAUUUUCAACCAUA